GAUGUGUGUUCCAUAUAGUAAACCUUCAUUUUCUCUACAUAUGUGCCUCAUGUGUCCAAUUUGGCCACACAUCUUCAUGUGUUUUGAGUCUCGAGGCCUCGACAAUGAUUGGCCCGUUGAGUGUUUGUAGCUUUUAGCUCGGAAUCUGCGUCCUGAUUGGCCGCUGUGAGCAGGAUGGGUCACAGUGGAAGUCCACAUACAAGCCCGGUCAUUGAGUUAAGCGAACAGAGCUUGGCUUUCAUCCCUCAUGUACAUGUUGGGGUUGCCGAGGCUGCCGGACCUGCGCUGACUCUGGGUUGCUAUGGCCGUGUCCGUGUUGCUGCUUGCUUAUCCACAUGUUAUUUUGGUUUUUCUACUUCUUCAUGUAGGUGAAUGUCUUCUGGUGGAACCAAACAUCUGUGACACAAGUUGUCUUGGGUCUCAGAGCACUGACUUCUCCGCUCAGAAAGGGGUGAGAUACACCUACAGGUACAGCGCGGCCAUCAGCACCACCCUCCAUGGCUCGGGCGGAGGCCGGAGCGGGCUGGCCCUGGACUGCGUGGUGGACAUCGAGGCGGUCUCCGACUGCCACCUAACCAUGCAGAUAAGAAAUUCCCAGAUAAAGCGUCUGUCCUCUCAGAGGGAACACUCUGUCCUGCAUCUAAAAACUUUGAGGGAGUCACUGGAGAGAACGCGCCUCAAGUUCUCCCUCCAGGGGGGAAAGGUCACAGCCCUCUGCCUCCAGGAGGGGGAGCAGGUGUGGGCUCUCAACAUUAAACGGGCUCUACUGAGCAUGCUCCAGACCUCCCCCAUGGUCGCCAAAUUCAGAGAAGAGACAGAGACUGAUGUUCAUGGAACAUGCACCAGCAGAUACGAGAGGCGAGGACCAUCACUGCUGAAGAGCAGAGAUCUGAGGCAGUGCCAACAGUCCAGGCUGGACCGCCUGUGGCCUCAUUCAGUCACUCUGACUGAAGACACGAUGGUGCGGAUGGAGCUGCACUGUGUCCAGCGGCCUGGCCAGUUGAUGGUGGAAGAAGUUAACUGUACUGAGGUUGUAACAUUGGCAGCUUCCUUGACGCCGUUGGGGCCUGUAAAGACAAAGAGUGUUUCCACGUUGCUCCUGCUCAAAACCCAGCCGGGAGCAUCUACCGGAGCAGAGUCCCUGAGUCCUGGUGUGUUCACUGACCUGCGGUUUGAAGAUGAAGGCCCUUCAAGGCCGACAAGUCUCCAGGAAGUUGGUCGGACCAUCGCGUUGCUAUGCAGCGUUGCCUCAGAUCCACAGCUGAUUUCCCAGGACUUCCUGGAGCUGGUGUUCCAGCUCAAAGACAUGACUCUUCCUCAACUCAAAACACUUUGGCAAGAAUCUUCUUUCAAGUGCAGAAAUGACUGGCAACCACUACUGGAGGCAUUGCCAGCAUGUGGAUCUGAAAACUGCAUUCUGCUGCUGACUGAGCUGGUGCUGAAUAAUGAACUGGAGGAAGGGCAGGUUAACUCUUUCCUGACCACCUUAGCCCUCAUCCCACACCCAUCACCUCAGAUCAUUGGCUCCAUCAACGGUUUUUUGGUGCGUCAAGAGCUACGGGCCAAAGCGAUGCUGGCUGGAUCAUCUCUCAUCUAUCAGAUGUGCCAAAGGUUUCAAGCUUCCUGCGGUGAAACACCUCAGGUUCAGUUUUUCAUGCAGACAAUUCAGGAAACCCUGAAUGCAGGGUGUGGGGAAAAGGAACCUCGUCAAAUCAGAGAGCUUAUUUAUGCAUUGAAAUCCGUUGGAAACAGUGGUGUGAAUGCAGCAUCCUUUAUUCCUCUGUUGAGUCGCUGCCUGCUGGGCCACCAAACUGAGCUGGAGCUCAAAGUCGCCGCAGUCCAAGCUUUCAGACGCUUUCCAUGCUCAGCUGACCGGUCAGUGCUGUUGCAGCUGUACAGAUGUUCCCGGGAGGAUCUUGAGGUCAGGAUCGCUGCAUACCAGCAGCUCAUGCUCUGCCCCGACCAGGAAGUGUUUGAAGUGGUGAAGACAACACUGAAGAACGAGACCUCCAGCCAAGUGGGGUCCUUUGUGUGGAGUCAUCUCACUAAUAUCCUGCGGAGUGAGGACCCCGUGAAGCAGACAUUAAUUCAGCUUCUGCCUGAUGACAUUAUAAGCAGAGAUUUUGAGGCAGAGUUUUGGAAAUAUUCCUCCUAUUCAGAUCAUACUUUUGUUUCAGGCUUUGGAAUAAAGAAUCUAGAAACAUCCCUGAUUUUCUCUCCGAAGUCCUUUCUGCCCAGAUCGAUCUCAGCCAACCUGACGAUGUAUCUGCAUGGCAGAGCGCACAACCUUCUGGAGGUGGACUUACAUAUGGAGAACUUUGAGCCACUUCUGAGGAGCGUCUUUGGUCAGAAGACGGAGGGCGAGCCAACUGCUAAAAGUGGAAAACAAGAGACGAGGAGGAGAAGAAGAGCAGAUGACGGAAACAGAAGAGAGAAAGAAACGUGUUUGUCCGACACCGAGGGUUAUCUGAGCCAGGCCAGGGCUAUGUUGUUUGGAAGAAGGAAAGCAGACGAGGAAAAGCCGAGGUGUCGGGUUUCUGUGCAGAUCUUCGGGAACGAGCUCAGUGUGUUCACAUGUGACGACGUCUCUGACCAAAUCCAUCAGGGUUCCCUCAGCCUGGCUGGGCUGGCUGUCAAACUGCUCAAGGGUCAUGAGGUUCAUCUGAGCCACAGGGGUGUGCUGAUGGCUGAGGAACUGCGAUUGCCCUCCCUGUCUGGCGUCCCCAUCAACCUGGGCAUCAAUAUGACCUCUCUCCUUUCACUGCACCUGAAAGGCAGAGUUAACUACAGGGACACUUCUCACUUCUCCCUGAAUGGAUACGUCCGUCCCAAUGCUUAUGUGGGCUUGUCAGCCAGGAUGGGGGUGGACGGUGCUCCAGGUCAGGCCGCGGUUGAAUGGCUUGCCGAGCUCAGGAGCUCCCCCAGCCUGGAUGGGAGCUUCCAGCUGCAAGACGGCCGGGAAGUCCGAGUCACCCUGAACACACCACAGGACUUCAUGGACGUUAUCUCUCUCAGCUCCAGAGUGUUUCAGCUCAGCGGAGACCACAGGGAGGAGAUGAAGGGACCAAAGAGUCGGAUCCAGAAGACCACCUGCACGCCGAAAAGCUGGUCUAAACUGAUUGGCUGGCAGCUGUGCUCCAAUGUGUCAUACCCUUCACUUCCCUCUGGUGUCGCUCUGCCCCCCACUGGACCGGCCCAUCUGUCGCUCCGACUGCUGAAGCUGGACAGAGGCCUCCACUACUACCUGCUGGAGGCUGCUUACUCAUUACAUUACAAGAGGGGGACCUGGCUACCCAGAGAGGCCUCCAUCCACCUCCUCCUUGCCACGCCCCAGUCCUCCAUUCCCAGGGACAUGUCUCUGGACCUGGCCUUCAGCUCCCACAGAGUGCUGCUGAGAAUCAAACACCCACAGAAAACCAUUGUCUUACAGGGUCAGUUUGAUCAAGAGAUGAAUAUAAAAUCUGGGAAGCUUGAGCUUAUAAUUGACAAUGUCCAUUUUUAUAUCAUGGGUUUGGUGGACAGCACUAGCCUUCAGUCAGAGGAGAGAACGCGCUACCACCUGGAAGCUAAGAUGGCCGCCGAUCAACGCCCCGUGAUUUUGUCUGCUAAUAUUACCCGUGGAUUGGGCAGGAAGAGCAGCCUCUCCGCUACUCUGAAGAACGUGUUCAGAGAGACGGCUUCGCUCUCAGUGGCUCUGGAGCGGCGGCAAGACCUAAGCAGCAGCAGCAGCCAGUACUCUGUGGAGGCGGAGCUUUUCUUACCUGGACUAGUGGGCAGCAGGAUGCUGGGACUGAUGGAACAGAAGGGGGCGCUGUGGAGCUCCAUCCUUAGGGUCAAAUAUGGGCUGAGAGGGGACUCCAGGAACCUGCAUCAGGAGUGCUACACAUCCCAGAGACUGAGGAGAGGGAGGGACUCCAACCUCACGUACAUCAUGAGAGCUGAUCAUGAAUUCUACUGCACUAACAUGGAACCCAUCAACCACAAGAUCCACAUGAAGCACGAAGAAAGCCCCAGCCACAUCAAAUCCGUCCUGGACCUGAGCUACGGCAAACACUGGGACGAGAUCAACAACAAAUACACGCUGCUCCUCAGUCAGUCCUUCAAAAACCAGUCCACACAAAACCACACCAGUUACACAUUGGAGUUUAACCUCCAGGUGCCUGAGAAGAACUUGAACUACAGGACUCAGCUGAUGCACUCUCGCCUGCUGCAGCACGGCUCUGAGAGCAGCACUCACCUAAAAAUCAACUACAACAGCCUGAUGCCUCUGGUGGCGGGGUUACAUUGGAAGAGCCCCCCCGAAAACUCCCUUCAUAAGAAAUGGGAAGGCACGUUCAGCAUGGACACACCUGGACAGUACAUCUACGCCGCCUACAGGCUGAGCCGGCCAAACCGCCAUGCCCUGCAGCUCACCUCGGAACUGACGGCCAGCAAGUGGCUGAGCAUCCGCAACCUGGUUCUGGAUGGGUUCUACAGGGACCGGGGCAGAGAGAAGGCAGCGCGCCUGGAGGCCCACACACCAGCUGCUACCUACAUCCAGGCGGAGGUUUGGGGCGCGGUGGAGAAGCAGGCGGUGAAAGCCCACGGCUCCUUAGCUUCACUCUGGACUCCUCCUCUGAAGGCGAACGUCUCUCUGGAGAGCUCUAAAUCCAGCCACGCCCUGCUGAUGAGCGCCACAUGUGGCAGGCAAAAUGUCAGCUUCACUGCUGCUGUAAGCGGUGCUGAUAAGAAUUUGAAGAAGAGGCAGGCGAUAUUAAAGAUGGGCAUCACCAAGCCGAAGAGUCCGACCAUGGAAGUGGAGUUAGAGGGAUGGGUGGAGGAGCUGAGGAGGGACAGGAAGAUGUAUCAGAAAGCAGCCCAACUCCAAUUUAGACAGCCCUUCCAGAACUUUCCUCAGACUCUUCUUCUGCGGGAAACCUUCACUGUGGACCUUGCUAAAGGCCUCUACAUUUUGGAGUCUAAAGCCGGUUUCCACGACAACAAAGAGGUCAUCCACACGUUGACUCUAGGCUACAAACCACCAAGCCCAUCUGUUUGUUCUGCACUCAUCCACACGUUCAGCUCUGACACUUUUCCUUCAGACUCUGAGGUCUGUGUGACUGCCACCAGCAACCAGGUAAGCUCCGCCUCUUCAGAACACUAAAGGUUUUUGUUUUAUUUUUUAUCUGAAGAGACUGA